CGGUUGCGUAGCAGCAGUGGGCGUGGCAAAGGGUUAGGCCCAGACAGCGAGGAGUGGUCGGCACUCUCUUCCCCAUCCUCCCCUUCCCCUUCCCUACGGGGAGAGGCUGAGGGCCGGCCACGGAGGCCGCAGGUCCAGACGGCCCCCUCGUCAGGAGAACCCGGACCGCGUCAGGGCGGUGCGUAGUGCGCCUGAGCGAGCUUCUGAGCGAGGAAUGCUCCUGAUUGUGACAUCACACCGUUCCCUUGGCAUGAAACAUGUCACUAGGAAAAAAGACUCAAUUGGAGAAUAACCAACAAGAUGGGAUACUUGGAGCAUCUCCUGUGUGGCACUGAGUGGAGGCAUCAGGGGGCUGGAACCUUUUAAACAGGGACCCUGCCCCCACCACUUAGAAGUCUUACUGUGUAGCUUGGAGCUCUGGAGCAGGCUGACCCCCAGCUUGAGAUCACGUGCCUGUGUCUUCUGAGCGCUGAGAGUGCAGGACGUGGGUUUCAGUGAUGAGACAUGGGGUAUGAUGUAACCCGUUUCCAGGGGGAUGUUGACGAGGACCUUAUCUGCCCUAUUUGCAGUGGAGUCUUGGAGGAGCCUGUACAGGCGCCUCAUUGUGAGCAUGCCUUUUGCAAUGCCUGCAUCACGCAGUGGUUCUCCCAGCAGCAAACGUGUCCUGUAGACCGCAGCGUUGUCACGGUUGCCCACCUGCGCCCAGUACCUCGGAUCAUGCGGAACAUGCUGUCAAAGCUGCAGAUCGCCUGUGACAACGCUGUGUUCGGCUGCAGUGCUGUUGUCAGGCUUGACAACCUCAUGUCCCACCUCAGUGACUGUGAGCACAACCCGAAGCGGCCGGUGACCUGUGAGCAGGGCUGUGGCCUGGAGAUGCCCAAAGAUGAGCUGCCAAACCAUAAUUGCAUUAAGCACUUGCGCACUGUGGUGCAGCAGCAGCAGACGCGUAUAGCAGAGCUGGAGAAGACAUCCGCUGAACACAAGCACCAGCUGGCAGAACAGAAGCGGGACAUCCAGCUGCUGAAGGCAUAUAUGCGAGCAAUCCGCAGUGUCAACCCUAAUCUUCAGAACCUGGAGGAGACAAUCGAAUACAACGAGAUCCUCGAGUGGGUGAACUCCCUGCAGCCUGCAAGAGUGACCCGCUGGGGAGGGAUGAUCUCCACCCCUGACGCUGUGCUCCAGGCUGUCAUCAAGCGCUCCUUGGUGGAGAGUGGCUGCCCAGCCUCUAUUGUCAAUGAGCUGAUUGAAAAUGCCCACGAACGUAGCUGGCCCCAGGGUCUGGCAACACUAGAGACGAGACAGAUGAACCGGCGCUACUAUGAGAACUAUGUGGCCAAGCGCAUCCCUGGCAAGCAGGCUGUGGUAGUGAUGGCCUGUGACAACCAGCACAUGGGUGACGACAUGGUGCAGGAGCCAGGGCUCGUCAUGAUCUUUGCGCAUGGUGUGGAGGAGAUCUGAGAGCAAAACUGGCUAUCAGGAAGAGGGAGACUUGGAAAAAGCCACGCUCUGGCAGCUGAACCCUGAGUUCUCCACUGUCCUUACACCACGGCUUGUAAUUGAGCCACAUGCUCCCUGCUUUUCUGGCACGAAGGACCUUAGGGCACUUUGUUCAGCCUUUCAGCAUGGGCCGGGAGGGGGGUUGGGGAGAAUGGACCCAAAUUCCUGCCUUUUGCCUAUAUUCCUCCCCCACAAUGUCCGUGCGUUUUCAGUCUGGGUGGGAAAAUCCUCACUUCCUGUAUUUUCCUGCCUAAGAUCCCUGGUUCCCAAAUAUUUUCAGAAAGCACAAAAAAACUUGUUUUCCCUAGAGGAUCAGGGUGGCGUGAGGAAUAUCUAAUUAUCCCUCUCUUCCAAAACUAGGGAGUCCGAGCAGGCAGGCUUGCUUACUCCAUGCAGCAUUGAGAGAGCAGUUCUGAGGAGCAGGCACCCAGCAGAAGAGCUAAGGGUGUGCCCAGACUCCCAGUGACUAGUGAGGCGCCAGGGCCUUGGUGGUCAUCACUGACAGCCCUUGGGGAAGACCUUUGUGGAGUGCACCCCUCUCCAGCCCACCUUGAAGGUGCAGGCCUUGCUGGGAGCAUGGGGUGGGAUGCUGAGAUGUCCACUUGAACUACUCUUUCCUACACUUUUUCAUAAUUAGGGGAAGGCAGGGCUGGGCUGGGGUUGAGACCAUUGAGGUUCACACACAGCGGGAAGCUGCUGUCUGCUGAUCUAGGGUGGACACUGCCUCUGUGGCAUGUCUGUAGUGCCUCCUUAGGCCCCUCUUCAGCCUUCUGAUUGUACUUAGUUUGAUUUCCUUUGGUGUUGUUUGUUUCUGUUUGCGGAGUCACAAAUCCCGUCGUCUGUUACCUGGUCUUGUUUUCAUAGAAUGGCUUGGUUGUGCCUACCCUUCUCUCCAGCACAGCCACAUUACUGGCAAUUUAAUUUAUUUACUUUUUUUUUUUUUUUAAGAAAGGAGAAAAGAAAAAAAAAUCAACAAAACUUAAAACCUUUUUUUCUGCUGUUCAUAUUGUGGGGAUGCUGGGUAGGGUGGGGCUGGGUAGGAUCUGUUUUAUAUGUUUUCUUUUCAGCACAAUCUUUGAUGUCUGCUCGGACCUUCCCCUCCAUCACCCUAUUUGAGACAGGUACUUUGGCUGUGGCAGUCCAGUUUUGAGACCUGUGCCCCAUGAAGAAGUUUGUUCCCACCCCCUCAGAAUCUCCUUGUGAAGCCCUAGAAUUAAGUGUCAUAUACAUUUGAAGGCAACUCUUCUCCCGUUUACUGAGGAAAUUUCUGUUUAUGUGGGUUCUAACCUUCACCAGGCAAAUUAGAUUUGUCUCCAAGCAGGCCGAAUACACAGCCUAACUAAAGUCUACCUAAGGACCUGGGGUCCAUUUUAGGCUGUCCCGGGUCAUUGCUGGGUUCCCUGGAGCGGCCGGUAGAGUGAGCAAGGAGGAAUAGUAGCUGUGAUUAUUUUAAAAGCACAGGUGGGCGUGGGGUUGGAGGGAUCAUAGCUCCCCGUCACAGAACUGUGGCUUCUCUGGGAGCUCCAUCCAGGUUGGUCUGGCUAGUUCAGUCAUGGCUCCUUUGGGAUUAGUUAGGACCAUAAGGAAAAGGUGAAUGUUCCAGCUCCAGGGCACUGAGCUCAGGAAUGUGAAAAGGCUGCUAUAUGUGGUCUGGUUAUUGCAUUUCUUCUUCCUCUUUGCCUCUGCCUGCUUUGCCCAGGCCUACACUGUUCCACCCUUCCUCUCAGAAGAGAGAGGAGACUAAGCUUCCCACCCUUUGCAGCGGUGUCUGCAGUUCUCUGUGCGGCAUGUGCUGUCCAUGGUGUGCACUGCACUAAUAAAUCGUUCCCUCAACUUCUAAGUGCUUAGUCACUCCCUUGCAGAGGAUUCUUCCUCGCUCUGACCUUUCAUUUUCAUUGCCUGUCUUCCUUGCUUGGUGAUAUACCUUAGACUGACCUCUGCCUUAGGACACCGUCUUUCUGGGCAUUGUAUACUCUUUACAUACUUUGUGUUCUGUUCUCUCCUGCCUCUAGUGAGCUUACUGUAUUCUCUUCAUAGUUGGCUGUUAGCCUGAAUUGUUUUCCUAAAUGUUACUGCAUUUGGGGGACAUUUAAGAAGACUUGCUAUCACCUCUUUCUAGCAAAUACCCUUGAUCUAGAAGCCUCCUGCAAGUGGGGAAGCUUCUGACCCUGGGGAUAGGAAGGAAACCUGACACAACUCCUACUAUCUUCAAACAAAAGUCUUUGAUGAGGGAGGUGGCUCUGGGGGUAAGAACUCUUGCUGCACAUUCAUGAGGAUCUGAGUUCAAAUUCCCAGCCCCUGCAUAAAAAAACUCCCUCACUGUGUGGGUGGGCAGGGGGGGAGGCUCACUAGUGCUUGCUGGGCCCUGUCCUCGCUCAAGUUCAGUGACAGACAAUGUCUCAAAGGAAUAAGGCAGCCAGGUGUAUGAAGCAUGCCCUUAAUCCCAGUAAGCAGAUCUCAGUGAAUUUGGGGCCAGCCUCCUCUACAUAAUGAAUUCCAGGACAGCCAGAGCUGUUUAAAGGACUAAGGCAGAGUAAUCAAACAGGAAACCCUGCUCACACACUUGCUAAACAUUUCUUGUUACUGGCUUAUCUCUACUGUGAAAAGUCACGUGUGUGUGUGUGUGUGUGUGUGUGUGUGUGUGUGUGUGUGUUUAAGGAUGAUUUAUUCACAUAGUGUUUUGCCUGCAUGUAUGUCUGUACACUACAUGCAUGGCUGUUGCCCAUAGAGUCCAGAAAAGGGCAUUGGGUCUCCUACAACUGGAGUCACAGAAGGUUAUGAACUGCCAUGCUCGUUUGAACAUAGGUGCUAUGCAAGACAGCCAGUGCUCUUCUACUGAGCUGUCUCUACAGCCCACAGCUGUCCACUGAACUUGCUGGCCCGUUAUCAUGCACUGAUGUAAAUCUAAUGGACUCUCUGGAUACUUAAGUUGGCGGAAAGGGCAUUGAACUCUCUGAGCCGUCACUCUUCAAGCACAGAACCUGAUCGGACAGUCUUGAACCAGCUGCUGAGAUGCACACCUGUAGUCCUAGCACUCUGGAGAUUGAAUCAGGAGGAUUGUUGUGUCAGAGAUCAUUUGUUCUACAUGGUGAGUUUCAGGCCAGCCUGAGCUUCCUACUGAGACUCAGUCACAACGUGGAACACUGAGAAGUGACAUGUGCCUCUCAGAGAAAUACCUUUUUUUUUCCUUUGAAACAGUUCCUUUUUUUUUUUUUUUAAUGCAUAUAAGUGUUUUGCCUGCAUGUUUGUGUACCAUAAGCAUGCCUGUUGUGUAAGGAAUGCAGAAGAGGGCAUUUGGUCCUCUAGGUCUGGAAUUGUGAAGGGUUGUGAGCUACCAUGUGCAUGCUGGGAAUUGACUGGCUAUGCACCCUUUGGAAGAGGAGCCAGUGCUCUAACCAUUGAGCACUCCAUUCCUAGCUGUUCAUUUUUAUUGUCAUCAAUGGUACCUUGUUUGUUUGUUUCAGGCUAGAAAAAAUAUUAAAGAGAGUCUCACUGUGUAGCGUUGGCUGACUUGCCUGAAACUAGUGCAGUCUAGGCUAGCCUUAAAUGCAUGGAGAUGGCCUGUAUCUGCCAUCCAAGUGCUGGGGUAUACCACAAUACAGAUCCCGUAUGCCCUUUUUUUUUUUUUUUCUGAGACAAGGGUUUUUUAUUAGGGUUCAGUUUAUAGUAUGGAAAGGUAGAUGUAUAGAUAGAUACAUACAUGCAUAUGUAGAUAAAAGGGGAUUUAUUUGACUGGCUUACAGGCUGUGGUCCAGCAAGUCCAGCAAUGGCUUUCUACCAGUGGGAGGUCAAAGAAUCCAACAAUUAUUUAGCUCAUGAGACUAAUGUCUCAGCAGGUCUUCUGUAUAUGCUGGAAUCCUGAAGAAGAAGGCUCUAAUGCCAGUGAGGUCAUGGACUUGCCAAUGAGAAUGUGGGCAAGCAGGCAAGGAGAAAGCUCCCUUCUUCAUGUCCUCUAGGCUGCCACCAGGAGACAUGGCCCAGAUUAAAAGUGAAUCUUUUCUACCUUAAAAGAUACGGAUCAAAGGUAAGUCUACUUCAGAUUAAUUUUAAAAAUCUCUCCCAGCCUUUUUAGUUUUAGUUAAUUACAGAUUUAGUCAAGUUGACAACCAAGAAUAGCCACCACAGGUCUCAUAACAUAUACUGGACUCAUUGCUGUGUGAGAGCUGGAGAGAGAGCUCAUAAUGUUCUCUCCCCCAACCCCAGACAGGAUUUCUCUGUGUAGCCUUGGCUGUCCUGCUCUCACUUUUAUAGACCAGGCUGGCCUCAGCUCACCUGCCUCUGUCUCCCUGAGUGCUGGGAUUAUAGGUGUGUGCCACCACGCCCAGCUCAUAAUCUUUUGGAAGAUAGGAGUUGAGAUCCCACCACCUGAAUCCGGCAGUUCACAAACACCUGCAACAACAGCAUCACAGGAUCGAAUACCCUCUUCGGGGCUCUGUGGGGACUCAUGUACAGACACACAUAUUAAAUCUUGGUUGGUUGGUGUUUUGGUUUUGCUGGGAUUGCAGGUGUAUAGCACUGUAUGUACCUGGCUAUGUUUUAAUUUUCAAUAUUUAUUUUUGAGUGUUUUUCCCUUUAUGUACUGUCCAUGUAUGCCUGAUGCAUGUGGAGGUCAAAAGAGGGAGUCAGAUUCCUUGAUUCCUUGGAACUGGAGUUAUGGAUGGUUGUGAGCCACUGUGUGGGUGCUAGGAGUCAAACCUAGGUCCUCUGUAAAAGCAACAAGUGUUCUUAACCCCCAAGGCAUCUCUAGCUCAUUUUUUAGAUUUAUUUAUUUAUUUAUUAUACUGCAUUGUGCCUGCGUGUGUAUCUGCAGACACGAUCUCAUUAUAGAUGGUUGUGAACUACCGUGUUGUUGCUGGGAAUUGAACUCAGGACCUUUGGAAGAACAGCCAGUGUUCUUAACCUCUGAGCCAUCUCUCCAGCCCCUCUAGCUCAUUUUUUAUUUCUAAAAGAUAAUUUUAAAAACAAAGUUUUGUAGCUGAACAUGGUGGCAUACCCCUGUAAUCCCAGCAUUCAAGACGCAGGUGGAUCUCUGAGUUGAAAGCCAGCCUGGUCUACAUAGUGAGUUCUAGGACAGUGAAGGCCACACAAAGAAACCCUGUAUAGCCAAGGCUAUAACAGAAAUACUGAUUUGAAAAUCCAAAAUAAAUAAGUAAAGCAUAAGCUGAGCAUGAUGGUGUAUCCCUUUAAUCCCAGUGCUGGGAAGGCAGAGCAAGUAGGUCUCUUGUGAGUUCAAAGCUUGCCUGGUCUACAUAGUGAGUUCCAGGCCAUGUAAUAAGAGCCUGUCUCAAAACCAAAAAGAUAGGGCUAGGAUGGUUGUUGAGAAGGUGAUGGUACCUGAUGACAUCAGGCCUGAAUUUGAUUUUUGUAGAGGAGAGAAGGGACCUGAAUUAAGCACCCCAUGCAAAGCAGUUCACAGCUACCUGUAACCAGCCCAGGAGAACUACUAUGGCUUCCUUGGGCACCUGCUUACAUGUAGUAUACAUGCACACAGACACACAAAUGAAAAUGAUGUCAUCUGCUACAUACUGAGUUCUGAAGCUACACAUGGAGAAAACACAAAAGCUAAUCAUGGUGGUGCAUGCCAUAAUCCCAGCACUCGGGGAAGCAGAGGCAGUUGGGUCUACCAAGCGAGUCCAGGACAGCCAAGGCUACACAGAGAAACCCUAACUAAAAAAAAAAAAAAAAAACAGGACACAGGACAAUGAAUGUACCAAGGUCAACUACAGGGGUGACUAGAACAAGAAGACUUGGUGCAGUUGACUCCUUUUCAAGUGGCUUGUAAUCCAGGUGUGAGGUGUUCCUGAGUGUGUGUGUGUGUAUGUGAUAUCCUUCCUAACUAUUGGUUAAGGUAGGCUUAGCUCAAGUCUUUUAGGAUAAACAACAGAGGCCACUUUCUUCAACCAGUAUAAUUUCCAGCUGCAUCCUAAAUACUUAACCCUCAAAAGAGAAGCUUCAUUUUGAAGCAGAUUUGAGACCAUUACAGAAACCCACAAUUGAUGAAAAUACAGAGAAAAUACAUCUACAGUACAACUCCUACAUGUUCAGGGAAUAUUGAGGAAGAGAGGGCAGGAAGAUUGGAGCCAGAGGAUGAGGACAUUUGCUUUGAGAUUCUGUUUUCUAUAUGACAGGGAGCUGCCCCCAUGAGACUUAAUAUAGCCAAACAAGACCUGAGCAGUUGACAUGCCAGUGUGGAUGAGGGGCAUCGAUGGAGGCCCGCCUCUGAUGGAAAGCUCCGAGCAAGGACUGCUGAAAGAGUUACCUUUUCAGGGUUGAACCUCGAAGUGGCUAACCAGUCAAUGGUCAGCCCAACAAAAAUACAAUGAACAACACUAAAUGGACUCAGCAGGUUAUAGUUACUUGUAUGUGUGAGAGAGCGAGGAAGAGGAGGGAUGGGCACAGUGGUGCACAUCUUUAAUCCCAGCUCUCAGGAGACAGAGGCCAAUGGAUUUCUGUAGAUUCAAGGCCAGCUUGGGUUGCAUAGUGAAACCAUGCCUCAAAAAAAAAAAAAAAAAAAAGCCAUGAAUUUGGGGGAUAACAAGGAUGGAUUGGCAAAAAAAAAAAAAAAAAAAAAAAAAGAGGGAAUGUAAAUAUAGUACAAUUUUAUGUGCGCUAAUAUCUAUAUAUUCAAAUGUAUUUAUAGUUCACAGUAAAUAUAUAAAACUUAAAUUAAAAAUUUAGCCAGGGGACUGGAGAGAUGGCUCAGAGGUUAAGAGCACUGGCUGCUCUUCCAGAGGUCCUGAGUUCAAUUCCCAGCAACCACAUGGUGGUUCACAACCAUCUGUAAUGAAAUCUGGUGCCCUCUUCUGGUAUGCAGGCAGAAUACUGUAUACAUAAUAAAUAAAUAAAUUUAAAAAAAAAAUUUAGCCAGGCCAAAAGGUAUCUAGGUAGCAGCAAUGGUUCAACAAGUAAAAGAUAAGUGCCACCAAUCCUGGAGAUGUGAGUUUGAUCCCUGAGUCCACAUGUAGAAAGGACUCCUGAAAGCUGGCCCCUCAGGGAGAGGAAGAGGGAAAAGGGGUAGAAUAAGAAAAUUCUUAUUUUAUUAUACUCUGAUUUGGAGUUGUCAUAUGAAAGUCUGUGGCUUUGUUCUGAAUCCAUGAAGUACUGACCCAGUGGAACAGGAAAAGUUCAAGGUGGUACUGGCUAAUUUUAUGUCAAGUUGACACAGGCUAGGGUCAUCUUAGAGAAGGGAGCCUUAAAUGAGAACAUGCCUCCAUAAGACAGGGCUAUAGGAAAGUUCGCAGGGCAUUUUCUUAAUUAGUGAUUCAUGGGGAAAGGCCCAGGAGAUUGUAGGUGGUGCCAUCCCCGGGCUGGUGGUCCCUUCCAUGGCUUCUGCACCAGCUCCUGCCCCCAGGUUCCCUCCUUCCUUGACUUCCUUCAUUGAUGGACUAUGGUGUGGAAGUGUGAGCAAAAUAAACUCUUUUCUCCCAAA